AGAGUUAGGUUCAACUUUGGUAAGGCACUGUCCAAAGUCUCGGUGUUUUUCACCAUGGUCCUGAUCUUCACCUACUUCUUCUACUGCCUUACCGGAUUUUGCGAUUCGGCUCCGAGAGCUUUACACAGUCAACACGCUUUAGACAAGGACUAUGUUAUUUUGGACGAUCAUCGUCGCAUUUUGGAUGACAUGCGGCCAUCGCCACGUCUCUUCCCCGACGCGCACUCUCACCAGAACAGCACAGCCUCCGCGGACGCAGAGCAGGUGGGCGCACAGGAUCAGCUGCCUCAUCACACAUCAGACAGCGCAAAAGAGAGCACCCAGAACAACGGUAUCCCUGUGUCUAACACUUUCGGAAGCAAAAGGUUUCCACAGGCGAUUAUAAUCGGCGUGAAGAAAGGAGGGACCCGGGCACUGCUGGAAUUUCUCCGCAUUCACCCGGACGUGAGAGCGGUCGGCGCGGAGCCCCACUUCUUCGACAGGUUUUAUGAUAAAGGCCUGGAGUGGUACAGGAACCUGAUGCCUCGGACGCUGGAAGGCCAGAUCACCAUGGAGAAGACCCCCAGCUACUUUGUCACAAAGGAGGCUCCUAGACGUGUCUGCACUAUGAACUGCCAAACCAAGCUCAUUGUGGUGGUUAGGGAUCCUGUGACACGGGCUGUAUCUGACUACACCCAGACACUGUCCAAGAAUCCAGGCCUUCCAUCCUUCCAGAACCUGGCCUUGAAAAACUCCUCCACAGAUCUGAUUGACACCACUUGGAGUGCUGUGCGCAUCGGUUUGUAUGCCAAACAUUUGGAGAACUGGCUCAAGCAUUUCCCCUUGUCUCAUUUUCUGUUUGUUAGCGGUGAGCGGUUGGUGUCUGAUCCGGCUGGGGAGAUGGGCAGGGUUCAGGACUUCCUGGGUCUGAAGAGGGUUGUUUCAGACAAACACUUUUACUUCAACCAGACCAAAGGUUUUCCCUGCUUGAAGAAACCAGAGGGGAGCAGCAGACCUCGCUGUCUUGGAAAAUCUAAGGGUAGACCUCAUCCACAGAUCUCCUCUGAGGUCCUGCAGAGACUCAGAGACUUCUACAGGCCUUUCAACCACAGAUUCUACCAGAUGAGUGGGCAAGACUUUGGCUGGGACUAACAGAGGAGGAUCCUGUCAUAGCCCCCCAAAAAAGCCAGUCUCCUAUUUUUUUGGAGAGACUGACUAUUUAAUGCUAUACAGGGCUAACAUUCUCAGGGACAGGGUAGAGGACUAUUCUGCCUCAGUGGAAUCAACGUGACAUGCAGCACUCAUGAAUUAUUUUUGUUUUGUUGUAGAGUAAAAGCUGACGUGGGCACAGUGCUGUCAAUAUGCAAGUUACAUACAUUGUUAAUGGCUUAGUUAUUAAACCAUUAAACCAUCUUCUUGCUUGUAUGUUAAUGUUAAUGUUGUACUGAAGUUAGAAGCAAACUAGGUACCAAAGGAAAGCAAAAGCAUUGCCUUUGAGUAGCAUUCAUAACAUUCUCUAUGUUGUGUUGAUAAAAUAAGCUGAUAUUUAUAGUUUCUGUUGGUUACAGAUUCUUUUAAAAUAAAAUAAAAUGUAUUUAUUUCAUGACAAAACAUAAAACGGACAUGUUCAUUGACAGAACACUGGGGAGAAAAUGCUAUACUCCACAAUAAACCACUACUUUAGCGGCAUUUAUAUUUUUGUUAAGUUUCAAAAGGCCUUUAGAAUGCUACAAAUCUUAGCUUGAUAUUGUAGGAUUGUUCCUUGUACAUUGCAGUAAAUGUACCAAUCAUACCUCAUCUGUAUAUUAAAUGUGUAACAUUGAUUAGAAACUACACACACACACACACGUGUUCAAUUUUGCCUUCAUCACUCUUUCACUUUGCAUG